AUGGCUCCGUCAGCUGUUGAACAUGUUGAGCAACGCAGGUUCUUAGAGACCGCACGAUUGGACGAUGGGGUCUUUGCUAAGAUGGCUGAGACGGUGGACAACUUCGGCAACCUUACUCAGGAUGCCCAGCAAGGCACCCAGUACGAGCACGAGAUGACCUUGUGGCAAGCAAUUCGCAUGUAUCCAAAGGCGGCGGCAUUCUCCAUGAUCAUCUCAUUAUCACUUGUUAUGGAAGGCUACGAUACCUCUUUAUUAGGUUCAUUUUUUGGAUACCCGACGUUCCGGGAAAAGUUCGGUCAUCAGCUCCCUGAUGGCUCAUAUCAGUUGAGCGCCUCCUGGCAGUCUGGGCUUCAAAAUGGGGUGCAAGUUGGGGAAAUCUUUGGCUUGUGGAUAGCGGGUACUGAUGCUCAGAAAUUUGGCUACAAAAAGACUAUCCUCGGCGCCCACAUUAUGAUGAUAUCAUUUAUCUUUCUUACCUUCUUCGCAAAAAACAUCGGAAUGCUGUUCGCAGGUUGUCUUCUUUGCGGACUGCCAUGGGGUGCCUUCCAGACCCUGACAACCACAUAUGCCGCUGAAAUCAGUCCCGCACCCCUGCGUCCCUUCUUGACCACGUAUGUCAACAUGUGUUGGGUCAUGGGCCAGUUGAUCUCCGCCGGCGUUCUUCGAGGACUUCUCCACCGUACCGACGAAUGGGGCUGGCGCAUCCCUUACGCAAUUCAAUGGAUUUGGCCAUUGCCUGUCAUUGUGGGCGUUAUUCUAGCACCAGAGUCCCCCUGGUACCUCGUUCGACAGGAUAGAAUCGAUGAAGCGAGAAGGGUGCUGAAGAAUCUCGUUAACGCCAAGGAUACCGACUAUAAUGUCGACCACCACAUUGCGAUGAUCAUCCAUACUAAUGCUCAUGAGAGGGCAGUUUCCGCCGGUACAUCGUACAAGCACUGCUUUACUGGGAUCGACAUUCGACGGACAGAGAUCACCUGCUGUGUCUGGAUGAUACAGGUUACCUGUGGAAUCUGGUUUGGUGGAAAUGUUAUUUAUUUCCUCCAACAAGCGGGAUUUGACGCACGCAAAUCCUUCGACUUUGGACUCGGACACAACGCCGUCGCUCUCGUUGGCACGCUCUGUGCUUGGUGGAUCAUGCAGUAUGUCGGCCGUCGGACUCUCUACCUGUACGGUCUGGGGAUCAACUUUACUAUCCUUGUGAUCGUUGGAUUCUUGGGUAUCCCCCGCCCAAGCGAUACCAUUGCUUACGCGACGGGUUCGCUUCUAUAUCUCUUUACCUUCACUUACGACGUGACGGUAGGUCCUGUCUGCUACUGCCUGGUCACCGAGAUUCCGUCCACACGAUUGCGAAUCAAGACUGUUGCUCUGGCCAGGAAUUGCUACAACAUUAUAAGUAUUGGCGCCAACUUCCUGAACAACCCCAUCCUGAACCCGAGCGCGUGGAACCUCCGUGGGAAAGGCGGCUUCAUCUGGUGUGGAUUCGCGUUGAUAUCCUGGAUCUGGAGCUACUACCGUCUCCCUGAGACAAAGGGGCUAAGUGCCAACGAGCUAGAUGUUCUCUUUGAGCAGAAAGUCAGUGCCCGUCGCUUUUUGAAGGUCAAAGCAGACCCAUUCCGCUCGGAGAAUCUGAAAGCCAUUCAGCUGGAGCCAACUACCACGGCGACAACGAACCUGGAGGAGAAAUGA